CGGCGCCGGCGGCGGCUGCUCGUGCUGCACCCGCUCCCGCUCGCUGUCUUCCAGUCGCGGGUGGGCUCCGCAGCCCCUGGCCCGCAGCAGCCCCUGCCCCGCUGCGGCGCCCACCCUCCACCUCCCCUCCGCGGGGGGCCGACGCGUGCAGCCCACCCCAGGGCCUCUCUUCUCCCACCCGCGGCUCCUCUGUGGAGCUGGCUCGGGCUCUCAACUUCGCCUCCUCUUCGGUCUGCUCUGCUGGGCGCGAACCUGCUCACCCCCUGCCCAACCGCGCGCCCGGGGACGGUGCGCCUGGCGCUCGAGCCGGCGCCCCCAGCCCGGGGCGCAGCGCGUGGCGGGUGGCUCUGGAGAAGUGGCAGGGGGCGGCUGCGGCUGCUGCCUCGACUUACUCAGCUGGGAGCAGAAGAGGACCCUCAGAGGCGCUUGGGGGCCCCAGCCGCUGGAUGACUGGCACGAGUAGCGCGCCUCGCACCUGGCACUUUCCCACAUGACGGGAAGACGAGCUUCUGGUUAGAGACAGGCACCCCGAAUCGGAGGCCAUCUGCACACCAUGAAGGGGGCCUGCAUCGUCGCGUGUCUGUUCUCAGGCCUGGGGUGGUGGGCGCUCGGCCAGCCGGAGACAGAUGUGCUACAGUGCCAGAGAGCAGAGCACCCGGUCAUUUCCUAUAAAGAGAUUGGCCCCUGGUUACGGGAGUUCAGAGUGAAGAAUGCUGUGGAUUUCUCGCAGUUAACAUUUGACCCAGGACAGAAAGAGCUUGUUGUAGGAGCAAGAAACUACCUCUUCAGGUUACAGCUGGAGGAUUUGUCUCUGAUCCAGGCUGUGCAGUGGGAAUGCGAUGAAGCCACCAAGAAGGCCUGUUACAGUAAGGGCAAGUCGAAGGAGGAAUGUCAGAACUACAUCCGUGUGCUGUUGGUGGGUGGCGACCGGCUAUUCACCUGUGGAACCAAUGCUUUCACACCCAUGUGCACCAACCGCACGCUGAGUAACCUGACCGAGAUCCAUGAUCAGAUCAGCGGCAUGGCACGCUGUCCCUACAGUCCCCAGCACAAUUCCACAGCUCUCCUUACGGCCAGUGGGGAGCUCUAUGCUGCCACAGCCAUGGAUUUCCCAGGUCGCGAUCCUGCCAUUUACCGGAGUCUGGGCCUCUUACCUCCUCUUCGCACAGCACAGUACAACUCCAAAUGGCUCAAUGAACCAAACUUUGUGUCAUCUUACGACAUUGGGAACUUCACCUACUUCUUUUUCCGAGAAAAUGCUGUGGAGCACGACUGUGGGAAAACCGUGUUCUCCAGGGCUGCUCGGGUCUGCAAGAACGACAUCGGAGGGCGGUUUCUGCUGGAGGACACCUGGACCACGUUCAUGAAGGCACGCCUGAACUGCUCCCGCCCGGGCGAGGUUCCUUUCUACUACAAUGAGCUGCAGAGCACUUUCUUCCUGCCAGAGCUGGAUUUGAUCUACGGCAUCUUUACCACCAAUGUGAACAGCAUCGCAGCCUCGGCCGUGUGUGUCUUCAACCUGAGUGCCGUCUCCCAGGCCUUCAAUGGGCCCUUCAAGUACCAGGAGAGCUCCCGUGCCGCCUGGCUACCCUACCCCAACCCCAACCCCAACUUCCAGUGUGGCACAGUGGACCAGGGCCUGUAUGCAAACCUGACAGAAAGAAACCUGCAGGAUGCUCAGAAGUUCAUUCUGAUGCAUGAAGUGGUGCAGCCAGUGACCCCGGUGCCCCCCUUCAUGGAGGACAACAGCCGCUUCUCCCAUGUGGCCGUGGACGUGGUGCAGGGCCGGGACACGCUUGUCCACAUCAUCUAUUUGGCCACAGAUUACGGCACCAUUAAGAAAGUACGGGCACCCCUGACUCAGACCUCAGGCAGCUGUUUGCUGGAGGAGAUCGAGCUCUUCCCCCAGAGGCAGGGGGACCCCAUCAGGAGCCUGCAGAUCCUGCACAGCCAGCGUGUCCUGUUCGCGGGCCUGUGGGAGCACGUGGUCAGAAUCCCACUGAAGAGGUGCCAGUUCCACCGCACACGGAGCACCUGCGUUGGGGCCCAGGACCCUUACUGCGGCUGGGACGUGGUGAAGAAGAAGUGCACAAGCCUGGAGGAGAGCCUGAGCAUGGCGCAGUGGGAGCAGGACGCCUCCAGCUGCCCCACGAGGAAUCUCACUGUGGACGGGCGCUUUGGCGCGUGGUCUCUGUGGACGUCCUGCACACACACUGAUGGCAGCGCUGUGGGGUCCUGCCUCUGUCGUACCCGCUCCUGCGACAGCCCAGCCCCUCAGUGUGGUGGCUGGCAGUGCGAGGGCCCCCGCAUGGAGAUCGCCAACUGUUCCAGGAACGGAGGCUGGACCCCCUGGACCUCGUGGUCUCCCUGCAGCACCACCUGCGGGAUUGGCUUCCAGGUGCGGCAGCGGUCCUGCAGCAAUCCCACCCCCAGGCAUGGGGGCCGGGUGUGCGUGGGGCAGAACCGCGAGGAACGGAAGAUCCAUCUUGCAUUAUACUGCAACGAGCAUUUGCUGUGCCCCCCACAUGUGUUCUGGACAGGCUGGGGUCCUUGGGAACGGUGCACAGUGCAGUGUGGGGGUGGCAUUCAAGCUCGCCGCCGGACCUGCGAGAAUGGGCCCGACUGCCCCGGCUGUGAUGUGGAGUACCAGCCUUGUAACACCAGCCCGUGCCCCGAGCUGAAAAAGACCACACCCUGGACACCCUGGACGCCCGUCAACAUCUCUGACAAUGGUGGUCACUACGAGCAGCGAUUUCGGUACACGUGCAAAGCCCGCCUGCCUGACCCGAAUUUGCUGGAGGUGGGGAGACAGAGAAUCGAAAUGCGCUACUGCUCUAGUGACGGGACCAGUGGCUGCUCCACAGAUGGCCUUUCUGGGGAUUUCCUGAGAGCUGGGAGGUACUCUGCCCACACCAUCAACGGGGCUUGGUCAGCCUGGACAUCGUGGUCACAGUGUAGCCGCGACUGCAGCAGGGGCAUUCGGAACCGGAAGCGUGUUUGCAACAACCCUGAGCCCAAGUAUGGGGGCCUGCCUUGCCUGGGACCGUCCCUGGAAUACCAGGAAUGCAACAUUUUGCCCUGUCCAGUGGAUGGCAUGUGGUCCUGCUGGUCGCCCUGGUCAAAAUGCUCGGCAACAUGUGGUGGUGGGCACUACAUGAGGACCCGCUCCUGCACGAACCCAGCGCCGGCCUACGGAGGAGACAUCUGCCUCGGGCUGCACACCGAAGAGGCGCUCUGCAGCACGCAGCCCUGUCCCGAGAGCUGGUCAGAGUGGUCCGACUGGUCUGAGUGUGAUGCGUCUGGAGUCCAGGUCCGCACCCGCCAGUGCAUCCUGCUGUUCCCCGUGGGUAGCCAGUGUUCUGGAAAUGCCACGGAGAGCCGGCCAUGUGUUUUUGAUUCCAAUUUCAUCCCAGAAGUAUCUGUGGCGAGAUCCAGUAGCGUAGAAGAGAAAAGGUGUGAAGAGUUCAACAUGUUCCACAUGAUCGCUGUGGGGUUGAGCAGCUCCAUCCUGGGCUGUCUUCUCACGCUGCUCGUCUAUACCUACUGCCAGCGGUACCAGCAGCAAUCCCACGAUGCUACAGUCAUCCAUCCUGUCGCUCCCGCCCCUCUCAACACCAGCAUAACUAACCACAUCAACAAACUGGACAAGUAUGACUCGGUGGAGGCCAUCAAGGCAUUUAACAAAAACAACUUGAUCCUAGAGGAAAGAAACAAAUAUUUCAACCCGCAUCUCACUGGGAAGACCUACUCUAACGCCUAUUUCACAGAUCUCAAUAAUUAUGAUGAGUACUAAUAGCUCUUACAAUUUUGGCUUCUUGUAAUGCCCCAAGGCCUGUGCCCCAUGACUGCCCAUGUUUCUGAGACUUCAGAGGUGAAGUUUGGAUACAUUUCAAGUGCAUUUCAAGCCACCAGUGUCCCAUUGCUGCCAAAAGUAGACAUCCUUUAAAGCAACAAAAAUCUAAAUAUGAUGUCAUGAAAAUCUGGUCUACAAUACUUGCUCAUUGUUGAGUGAGCCAAGGUGUGCAGCUUUUGGUUAUUGUGUUCAGUCCAUUUUUCUAACAAGUCAGUUGUUUUCUUGAGCUUUUUAAUAAAUGUACCACCCACCCAGGCAGGAGUCAUUAGAAAUGUGAAUGUCUUCCUGCUCUUGACCAUAAAUCUUCAUGAUGUUUUAAUUCAAGAAAAGAGACUCUUCAAGAGCCUCCACAAGGAGUGCUUAGGUCCAUAGUAUUUGAUGAAAUGAAGAAUAUGAAUGUGGCCCUGCAGCCAUUCACCAUGGAUCUCCCAUCUUCCCAAUCUGGAUACUGUGGAAUUCUUGGAAGCAAUUUGGGGUUUAGACUUGGAAUAAUUCUUGCUGGGGAAGCCCAGGGAUUCAGCCUGUCUUGCGUCUGCAGCAGUAGUGGUAUGAGAUGUGAGACACUCCAGCCGCAGGCUUGAUAUACUAACUGUGUUCAUCGCGGUGGAGGUGAGCUUGAAGAGCAGAGGCACAGACACAGUCAGGGGAGAAGCGUCCUGUGUGUUGUGGCACAGUUAGCCUUAUUCUGACUCUUGGAUUUCAUGGCAUUCCAGGUUGCUCCUUACCAUGUGGGUUGGCCUGGAAGCUCCCUGUCUGGUCCAUGAUAACGCCCUGAAGAGCCAGUCUGUAAAAUGACCACUUGUUUAGCACUCGGAUAAACUCCACAUCUCCUCUCUCCCAUUAGAGGAAAAUCUUGAAUAUUCAUGGCACGAGUGAGGGAAAGCAUUGAACAUAAUGGAAUGUAAUUGAAAACAACAUUUUGUUUUGUUUUUUUACUUUUCCAUUUUAUGGAAAGGACUAAAAGAAUGGACCUUUAAUGGAAAGCAACUUUUAAUUUGCUAUCUCCUGUUAGAACUAAUGUAUGGCAGUCAGCCCCUCUGCAGAGCAUUAGUGACAUGUAAGGCUGGUAUCUGCAUCCCGCUGCUGUACAUACUGGUGCUUCUGAGCACCACACUGUCGUGGCGCCUCCAGGUCAGGUGAGGAGGAGAUGUUUGGUCCUGGUGCCUUUUGUUUUUCCCUCAGUGCUGCCUCUCCAUCCACCCCCUCCCAUCUCUCACUGCAACAGCAUUUCAAGAUGUACCUUGAGUAAGCAGGGGGUCUGAAAGUAACAUUUUAAUGAUCCCUGAGCAUUGAUCAUUGUUAAGCAUUUCAGAGUGUUAUAAUACUCUUCGUAUAGGUACUGUUCAUAAGAAGAAAAAGAAAGAAACAGGAUAAAUUACUCAUAAACAACUGAUGCAUAACAUAAGGCAGUUGGUGGAAAAACUGCUGAAAGUAAGAACGAGAUUGAAACCAUUCACCUGAUGCCUCGGCAUUGUGUUGGAGGCCUGGGUGAACAUUAAGACAUGUCCUUAUUGACAAAUGAACCUUCAGAUCUGGGAAAAUACAUGGUACAGGCACUGAGGAAAGUCAGAUUUAUUAGCAUGUGUUUCUAUCCUAUCUAAUUGAAAGAAACAACUUCAGAAAGUGGUGGGAAAAAUCUUACUAAUCAAUGUUCGGUAAUGAACAUUGAUGUAUUCAGAAUAUUCUCAUAUACCCUAAUUUGCAGAAGCUACUUUACUAAAAUUAAAUUUUAAAUGGCAGGUGGUCUCUGGGAGGCCUGAUAGAUUGCAAAUGAAUGGUUUUCCAGAUCUUUCCAGUGGGGAGUUCCUCUUAGGUCCCCUGUGUUCCCUGAAUGCUAUGAGGUUUUUCUGUCUGUACCCACAGACUUUUAAGUCCAUAUUCAGGAGGUGAAGUUUAGCCAGAGUUUCCUAAUAAUUCUUGGGUUGGAUCUUUAUUGAACGCUUUGACUUGUCUCAUCACUUUGCUUAUAAGAAAAAAUGUCCUCAAUGUGUAGCACAUACUAGCUGUUUUUUGACUCCCUCUCCCCAAUAUUUUUCUAAGCUCAAAAGGUCAUUUUAUUUCCCUUAGGAAAGAGGAUACUAAUAUUUCCAGAAAGCAUCAGUGGACCUGAUGGGAAAUGCUUUCUUAAUGCAUCCUAGCUGGUCUUCCAUUCAUCUCAUGCAGUGGCUGGGGACAGACAGUGCCCUCCCUUCGCAACAGAAUUUUCACGUGGUUGAUUACAUGAGGGCUUUGAGAUUGUCACUGCAAAGAAAUCCCUCAUUUUUGUUCCCUGGCCCUCUGUUCAAAGGAAAACUAUUAUGACUUCUCUGUAUCUCUCUUCUUUCUCUCUCUCUCUCCCUUUCAUUUGACAGAAUUUAAGUUGAUUUUGAAUAAUUUUAACUAUAGUCUCAAUAUUUUAACCAGCUGUGGAGUAACUUUUGUUUUCCUGUCCCUGGAGUGUCUGCCCCCCGUGUCUGUCCUUGGCCUCCUGCUGCACGCAGGCCCACCCGUGAUGCUGUCGUAGGGCUGCCUGCCCAGGUGUCCUUCGUUAGCAGCCCUCCCUUUCGCUGCGUUGAUGGCGGUUCUCUGUGGGGCACAGUUUAAGUUUCUGAGUAGUAACUUCUUCAUUCUCUUUUUUCAUUUUCCUUGCUUUCUUCCUUCUUUUUUUGGUACAAGCAGCACAAAUAGAGACUAAAUUUUUAAGCUGCACCCCUCUGAAUCUAAUGUCAAAUGGCAUUGAUCACAAUUUAGUUUCUAGGGUUAUUUCUGUACCCUGUUGAUGUUUGGCUGGUUUUCAUGAGGAAACUGGCAUUAGUCUCACAUUUAAAUGCUUACAGAGCGGUUCCGGGUUGCUCAGGGUCCUUCCUCUAGACUAGACUGGUCACCCUCCAAUGUCAGCCCAGAGGUCACUGGCACUUUACAGGAAUGAGAGGAACUGAGGGUCCCGGCUGCACACCAUAUAGCCCUCCCAGAGAGCUCUUGAGGAGGGGGCUUUGGUGGGACCGAGGCUUUGUCACCCUGAGGGACGGGCCUGGCACGCCCUGGGCCGCGGGAUCAGACACUGCUUCUCGGAGACCUGCAGUCACCAGCUGAUUCCUCGCCGUCGCCCAGCUCGCAUUGGGUGCUUUCGGUGCCUCUGACCCUGAACACUGAUGUGAGGAUCCCAGUGCCCCACUCCCCAGGGGCAGUUCCCCGAGCUGGUGCCUCAGAUUCUGAGCAGGACUGGCCUUGGGGCUGGGAUAGCCUUGUGUGGGGAGGGGUGGCAGGACUCCAGGGGAACCGUGCAGGCGCAGGAGGGCAACCCUGCAUGGGGAAGCCUCUGUCUCCAGGGAGGGGCUGUCCCUGUGCCUGGGGUGAACCAGGGGUGUGCACCCACUGACUCACUGAGAAAAGAAGAGAAAAGAAGCAGAGGAGGGGAAGGGUAGGAGAAGUAGUGACCCUGAGAACAUGGGGACCUGGUGGCUCCAGAGCUGAGUGCGCUACAGGCAGUCCGGCAGGUGCAUGAUCCACACAGUCCUCAGAUCCGCACACUCUCCCAGGAUCAGCAGAUCCACACACAGGCCUCAGAUCCGUGCACACUCUCCCAGGAUCAGCCGUCUGGAGGGCAGGCAAACAUGUCCUUAUUUCCUAUUAAUCUGCAAACGGCUGAUGUUCCAGGAACCAAAGUUUCAGUGCACAGUGUCUGCACUGGAGGGGGUGGGGGAGAGUGAGCUAGGUAACCUUUAGAGCUGCCAACAAGUCCCAACACAGGAGUGCAUGUCCCCCAGGGACACAAAGAUCAAAGGAAAUCUUACUUUGAAAAUAUGUCAAGACUGUACCCAGCUAACCAUUUUCUGUGAACACUUCCUUAAGGCACCCUGAAGGCGCAGUUGACAGUGUUAGAAUUCACAAAUAUCCUCACCCUUCUUUAUCACAUCCUCCCUGCAUUCAGAAUAAAUCAUGAACAUUUCCCAGCACCAUCAAACCACCAUCAGUGUGCUGACUUUGCCCCAAGGUUAUCAACUUCCUUUAGUCCUGGGUGUCUUUCACAUUCCAGGGGGCUUGUGUGUGGCAUUUGUAAAGUAUCUCCAUUGCUUGUAUCUGAAUCCAGCAUUUCUAUCUAAAAAGAUGGCCCCAAGGCACCUAUGCAGAGGCACUGGCUACCAGGGGUCCAUCAGAUGAACUGAGUCUGUCCUAGAGAAGCCAUCUACAUGUGGCUGGGCUGUGCCCGAGUCCCACAGCCCACCCACCCCCAGUCAGUGGCUGUGAAGAUGGGGAGUUAGAACGAUAACUUUCAAUCAACUCUCUGAUAAUUCCCUUUAAGGAGAUGCAAGCUGGAGCUCACUGUUCUCAUUGGCACACCCAACACAUUCACAGCUUCCAAUGUCUGCACUAUUUCGUGGUAAUUUAUGCUGACUAGGUGAUUUAUGUUGACAUGACAUCGCCAAAUUUGAUUACUUGUGACUAUCUAUUAUCAGACACUAGAAAGCCAUCUGAACCCUUGCUUCUCCAGCCAGUGUGAAAUGGGAGGACACAGAGUAACAUUCAGUUUGACCUGAGAAAUGCCCAGAAAGGAAUGCCAAGUACCACACAGUGAUUACCGUGUAAGAUAAGUAUUUGGAGAUCAGGAACAAUUAUGGAAUUUAUUUCUGCUGUUCUCCUUGUUGAGGUCUUUAAUAAUAAUGGAUUUAUAGAUGCUUGGUACCUGUACAAACAGUGAACCCCAAGGCAUUCAUAUUAUCUGUUCUGAUAACUUCAUAAACACAGGAAAAUGUUAAUUAUUGCUGCUUUUCUCUUUUGGAAAUUGAAAAGUAAUGAACAAGACACAACUUUGGACUGCUGGCAGUAUUUCCAAAAUGAUGCUAACAUACUAACUGUUUUAAUGGAUUUCUGCAUUAUAUACAUAAUUUUUGGAGCAGAUCAAAGUUUUUUUCAGUGGUCAUAUGUUGCAUCAAAAAAAAUUUAACACAUGUUAAGAUGCAUCCAGAACGGAGACCUGUUGUCUCUUAAAAAUAUAGUUUAUACUGCAAAGAGAGCAUUAUCAAAACCAAAUUCAGAUCCUGACACAAAGUGUACAGUUCUUAGUGAAAGCUGUCUCGUAUAGUAUUUGCAAAAGAUCAUACUAGUUUUUCCAUAGAAUGAAUAACCUUGCUACUCAUAACCAGAGUUACUAUCAAUUUGCAUUCCAGCAAGCAUCUUUUUCUAUGUUGACAUGAUGACAGUAACUAGUCAAGGACAUUUUAAAACCCGAAAGGAAAAAACAAAAGAGGAAAACCCGCUAUGUCAUUUCUUUAACUAACAUGUUGAACAGGAAAAUAACUCAUUCUAUCUUUCCAUAUUUAGUCAGAAAUCUGAGGCCAGUACUUUGAACAUGAUCCUAUUCUUUUUCAGUUUUUUGGCAACUUAAUGCCAAAUGGUCCAAAUAUUAGAUGAAUGGCAAUUCAACAUCAUUCAAAUGUUAGAUAAAUACAAGCUAGGAGCAAAAUGCAGAUUCUGGAAAAGCCAAACCAUCCUUCCAUUAUGUCGCCAAGGGCAGCAUUGUUAGCCACCACCUGCCCAUGCAGCUAGUUUAGUUUCCUAUAAGAAGUUGCCAGUGCCUUGUUUAACGUGGUGAUUUAUCCUUUCACCUGGAUAGUAUUGGUUCCAAUUCAAAGCAGAGGACUGAUUGGCUGUACUUUGAAGAACACAUUCUCAUAUGCCUCUUUGAACUCAGGAAUAGAGACCAAGAAGCAUGUCACAGAUGUGUCUUUUACCCGCCCUGGGCUGGGCGUGUGGCAUAGGUAGAUGCAGUGGUGUGUCCAGAGUUUAGGUUAACCCAGCCUCAGCUUUCCAGAGAGUGACAUUAAUUUUGCAUCUUCCAAAAAAUAUCUUAGUGUUUGUUUUGUGGUAGGAAAAUCCAUGUGGUACCUAUAAAAGUAGAGGUUUCUGGUAGUGUCCCUCUUCAGGCAAGUCCACAGAUGGGAAAAUCAGGCUGGGGACACUGGCACAGAUGUGGUGGCUGGAAUGAGGACCACCUAAAAUAAUGCCUGCUUUUAUUUUUUUUCAGUCAGUGUCAAAAUUCCUCAUAAGUUAACAAGGUUGUUACUCUUAAUUUUGGUUAAGAAAGUUAAAGGUGGUGUGUCUACUAAAGCUGACCAUUUUUCCCUUGUACCACGACUUGGCCAAAAUCAAACUUCAGCUUUUGCACUUUGAAAGAAAGCACAGUGUGAACCUUUGACCCAGGCACCUACAUUUACCACCCAAACUCUAUGUCAUCUGCAAAGAAAAUGCACAGACUUGGUCCUGUGUAGGAUUCCUCAAAACUGUAACAAAACUAGUGUGUUACAAUAUGUGACAUGACUUUGUAAGGUGUUAUGAAAUGUUUAAUGCCUCAUUCUGUGUUAAUAUGACACUUCUGUGAUACAAAAUAAUCUUAUUUGGGAUUUCUUUUUUUUUUUCAUUGAGACUUCUCCAAAGCCAACUUUAGCCCAUAGAAAACUUGCAAAAAGUUACCUUAAAAUUAAUUUUUAAAAGACAAAAUAUAUAUUAAUCAAAAUGGAGCUUUUAAAGAAUGAGAUGGCAUUGCCUCUCCCUUCGUUUGAAUGAGAAAAUGGAGUUUUGGUGGCCCUGUUGGACUCUUUAUGGAUUGACAAAUCUUUCUUCGCUGGGCCGUUGGGUGCCUGCACUUUUUUUUCAGUCCUUACAUUCAGUUCUCUAGGUUUCAUUCAAAGCCUUGUUAGAAAGGUGCAAUACAGAUUCCCAGGGUCUCACUCUUACCUUUUCUUCUCACUGAUUCAUCAGUUUUUAAUGCUCACUUGACAACUGUCCAGGUUUAUAUCAGAAGGUUGUUUAAAGACACCCACCAGGUAUACUGCUUCCAAACAUCAGUUUAAGACACCAACUGUUGCAGCCUCGGCAGGGAGCUCGCUGCCUGCCACACUGGAUUGCAUGUGGAAGUGAGAGAAAGGGCAGGAGGGGAGUUACGCAGCAGAUCAGUGGAACCCAAACCUGGUCCAGCCCCCAACCCUGAAUAAAAUAAACAUGUAAGAUAAAAUUUCACAGAAGUGAAAAUGUAAUGUUACUCCCUGCUCUUGGCAAAUCACUGACGCCUCUCCCACACCUAGGCAUCGCUUCCAAGCAGUGAAUUCAUGGAGUGACCCUGAGCACGCUCACGGCGUGGAGAUUUCCCUUUCAUAGCCACUGCUCUUCACUAUCUCUCUCUACCAACAAUUUGGGGGACAAAAUAAGAGAACCCUAACUAUGUACAGUAUAAAUUGUAUUAUAUUUUUUGUACUUACGUUUUAUGUAAAUAGUUUGUCUCAUCCAAUUGUAUGUGAGCAUUGAAAUAAAUCCUACCAUUUAGGAAACA